GCUGCUGCUAUCUGCCUGAAGAACAGAAGUUUCAGCGGAAGAUCAUGAGUUUGCCGGACUAUAAAUCGUCUGGAAAGCAGUCCUCAGCACCGGUGCAGUCGAAAUCCCAAGUUGUGCAGCUGAAUAUUGGAGGUCAUGUCUUCAGCACCACCCUGGGAACCAUCCGUAAAUUCCCAAACUCCACACUGGCAGACCUGUUUAACGGAUCAACCAAACGGAUGGACUCUGAGGGCCGUCACUUCGUUGACCGUGAUGGGACUUAUUUCGGAUGCAUCCUCGAGUACCUCAGAACGGAGAGACUUCCUACUGAACACCUGCAGGAGGUGCAUAAGGAGGCGCUUUACUACGACAUCAAACCUCUGGUCAAAGCCAUCGAGGAGACGCCGCAGUUCUUCGGAGAGACGGUCGGGAGACAGCAGCUUUUGGCCCGUGUGCCGAAUUAUCGAGAAAACCUGGAGGUGAUUGUGCGUGUGGCCAGAGCCGAGGCCAUCGCCUCACGCUACUCCAACAUAAUCGUGUGUGUUGUGAGGACAGAAGAGGAUUUAGCCAGAUACAACAAUGCUAUCGACAGUCUCGGCACCCCGAGAGAGUCCGUGGUGAGCUUUGGUCCGUGGAAAGCUCCCACAUCAGUCGAAGACCUGUUAGAUUGCGUCAAAAUGGACAUAGAAGCCAAAGGAUAUAAAGUAAAGAUCCAACCACACAGCAUAGACAAAGCGUUUCUCUUCAAGAGCUACGACUUCUUCUAUAAAUUGAUCUUCACUUGGUGGUGAAGAAUUUCUGG